UCCUUUCCCAGUCUCGAAUUCCUUAGCUUUCAAGGGCUUGCUGAGCCUGAGCACCAUUCGAUAAGGAUUGCCAAAUUUAUGCGUGCCCACUCUCCCCCUUCUCUCUCUCUCCUCUUCUCUUCUCUUCUUGAAGCCCUAUCGUGAUUCAGCGAUCUGCUUACCAGAUUCUUGUUCCGUUUAUCCUUCAAUUAUUAUUUCAGUUUCGUAAUCGGAAUCGGGGGGGCGAAGCUUCGCAACCUUUUUCUGUCCCCACUCUCUUCCUUUCUUCGGCUGCGGAAAGGACUCUAUCCAUUAAUGAUGUCUCAUCAGCAAGCAAAUGAUGCUGAUUACAUGGAAGAGGAAUAUGAACUGGAAGCUACUGAUGAUGAUGUCAACGAGUUUGAUGGCAGAGAUGCUGGUGGCUCAGAUUCUGAAGAUAUGGAUGAAUAUGAUUACAUGAAUAACAGAUUGCAGGACACUACAGCCGCCCUAGCCAGGAAGGGCAGAGAUAUCCAGGGAAUUCCCUGGGAGAUGCUCAGCAUCUCAAGAGAGAAGUAUAGAAAGACUAGGCUAGAACAGUAUAAGAAUUAUGAAAAUAUUCCUCUAUCUGGUGAGGGAUCAGAAAAGGAAUGUCAAGUCACUGAGAAAGGAGGAUCAUUCUAUGAAUUCAGACAGAAUUCGAGAUCUGUGAAAUCAACUAUUCUACAUUUUCAGUUGCGAAAUUUGGUAUGGGCCUCAUCAAAGCAUGAUGUUUACCUUAUGUCGCAUUACUCUGUUAUGCAUUGGUCAUCAUUAACUUGCACAAAGACAGAAGUUCUCAAUGUAUCAGGACAUGUGGCACCUUGUGAGAAACACCCUGGAAGCUUGCUGGAAGGAUUCACACAGACUCAGGUCAGCACACUAGCAGUGAAAGAUAAGUUGCUUGUUGCAGGAGGAUUUCAAGGAGAGCUUAUCUGCAAGUAUUUAGAUAGACCAGGGGUAUCUUACUGCACAAGGACAACGUAUGAUGAUAAUGCCAUCACCAAUGCAGUUGAAAUAUACUCAUCUGGAAGUGGGGCAGUGCAUUUUAUAGCUUCGAACAAUGAUAGUGGAGUUAGAGACUUCGACAUGGAAAAAUUUCAGCAGUCCAACCAUUUUCGCUUCUCUUGGCCAGUUAACCACACUUCUCUAAGUCCUGAUGGUAAACUACUUGUAAUAGUUGGAGAUGAUCCAAAAGGUUUGUUGGUGGAUUCAAGAUGUGGAAAGACAAUUGGAACUCUGCAUGGUCAUUUGGACUACUCAUUUGCAUCAGCUUGGCACCCGGACGGCAUGACCUUUGCAACUGGGAACCAGGAUAAAACCUGCCGCAUCUGGGAUCUGAGGAAUCUCUCCAAGUCUCUGACAGCGUUGAAGGGAAACCUUGGAGCAAUUCGCUCCAUACGCUACACAUCGGAUGGAAAGUUCAUGUCUAUGGCGGAGCCUGCGGAUUUUGUCCAUGUUUUUGAUGUGGAAAGUGGUUAUCAAAAGGAGCAAGAAAUUGAUUUCUUUGGGGAGAUAUCAGGGAUCUCAUUUAGCCCAGAUGCAGAGUCUCUUUUCAUCGGAGUGUGGGAUCGUACAUAUGGCAGCCUUCUUGAGUUUGGGAGACGCAGGGAUUACUCAUACCUUGAUGCGAUUGUAUAAAUUCAUAGAGGGUGUGACAUAUUGCUGUGUGAGGGGGGUGGGUACAUGGUAUAUGCAAGCAAUGCUUCUGUUUGUUGCAGGAGAGCAUUUUGUGAUAUCAUGGUGAGUUUGUGAGUGGUGUUGUAUAGUGUGUGGGUAAUAUUAAGAAGCUUUCUUGGUCUCCUCCUAGUGUUUGGUAGUGAAGUCAUGUCCCGGUUUUAAUAAGGAAGAAGGAUACGUUCAAAUGGGAGUGGGCCUGUAGCGAGUGAGUGAGGUGUGUGUGUGUGUACAGCAAGGGUAGAUGAAGAUGAUCAAUCCAAUCCAGGUGGUGUGUGUGGCCCUGUACUGGCUGGCUCUGGCUCUUUUUCUUCUUCUUUUGUCUCUUUAAAACCAUUUGGACGUUUCUUGAGGUGAUGAUGAUGAUGAUGAUCAAUUCAUGUA